GGCGCUGCGCUGGGGGGCGUCUCGCUCGCCGCGCGCUCCCACUCGCGCCCAGACCGGCGCUGCCGUGGGUCCCGGCGGCGGCGGGGGAGGGCGGAGGGAGGCCGCGGGUGACAGAUGUACUCCUCUGACAGCUCUCAGUAUCAGCCCAGUGGCUCCCUGCCAUUGGCUCAGUGCAAUGGACCGGCAACGCCGCUCAAUAUAAUAACACUCAUGCCUGCCAGCAGCAGCAACUCCGAGUGCUGGCACCGAGAGCGGGGGAUGCUGCUGCCGCCGCCGCCGCCGCCACCGCCGCUGCCGCUCGGGCGGCUCCCGCUGCCCGGCUCCGCUCGGCCGCGCAGCCGGCAUUGACUCGCGCUCCGCUCCUGGCUGCCUGGCCGGCCCCUCCCAGCCCGGGAUCCUCCCGCGGGGCGAAUCGCUCUAAGGCGCAUUAGGAGAGAAACACAGCUGAGACGGACAGCGCGGCGAGCAUGCGGAGGCGGAGGAACCUCGGCGCGCACGGCAGAGGCGCGUAGUGAUCCUGUCUCCGGCGGGCGUGCGAGAGAGGCGGCGGUUCGCCCUGGCGGCGGGUCCCUAGCCCAACCUCCCCGGGCCCCGGCGCGCUGCGGCUGCUGGCGCGGGGUGCCUGGAAGCGGCGGCUGCGGUGGAGGAGGCGGCGGCUGCUCCAUGGAGUGUUACUACAUUGUCAUCAGCUCCACGCAUCUCAGCAACGGACACUUUCGCAACAUAAAGGGAGUUUUCCGGGGCCCUCUCAGCAAGAACGGGAACAAAACUCUGGAUUAUGCUGAGAAGGAGAACAGCAUAGCAAAAGCUCUGGAAGAUCUGAAGGCCAAUUUUUACUGUGAACUCUGUGACAAGCAGUACUAUAAGCAUCAGGAGUUUGACAAUCACAUUAAUUCAUAUGACCAUGCCCACAAGCAGAGACUCAAAGAACUAAAACAAAGGGAAUUUGCUCGAAAUGUAGCAUCUAAAUCCAGGAAAGAUGAAAGAAAACAGGAAAAGGCACUCCAACGCCUGCACAAGCUGGCCGAGCUAAGAAAGGAAACUGUAUGCGCUCCUGGAAGUGGUCCUAUGUUCAAGUCAACAACUGUUACUGUGAGAGAAAAUUGUAAUGAAAUUUCCCAAAGAGUUGUGGUGGAUUCAGUUAAUAACCAGGAAGAUUUCAAAUGUACUUUGAUUCAUAGCCAAGAGAAUGCUAAAGGUGUUACCACUGUUGCUACAGAUCCAGAAAGCGUGAAAAGUUAUACCGCCAAAAAGAGCCAACUUGGAGAUCAAGCCCAGGGGAUUCACAGACACAAAAUUGGCUUUUCUUUUGCAUUUCCAAAGAAAGCAUCCGUGAAGCUGGAGUCCUCAGCUGCAGCCUUCUCUGAAUACAAUGAUGAUGCCUCUGUGGAAAAAGGAUUUAGCAGAAAAAGUAGAUUUGUCCCCGGUGCUUGUCAUCUUCAACUCUCUUCACCAACAGAUGUGCUUUUGAGUUCUGAGGAGAAAGCUAAUUCUUUUCAUCCACCAGAAGGAAGGGGCACUGACAAAGAAACUGCUCAAACUCAAGAGAUGAAAGAAGUUUCUAGUGAAAAAGAUACAUUACUAUUACCUCCAUUUUGCCAGUUUCAACUCCCUUCAUCAUCUGAUGCAGAUAAUUGUCAAAAUUCAGUCCCUUUGGCAGAUCAAAUUCCACUGGAAGAUGUUAUUAUUAAUGAAGACAUACCUGUAAGUGGUAACACUUCUGACUUGCUAGGAAAUAAAUCCAUAGUUCCUGAUAUGGCUAAUGACUGCUUGUCUUUGCAAGCUACCAUAGAAGAAAGUGUUAAGGACAAUGAUGCAUCCACGACUGAAGCUGAAUAUAAAAAUCACAGCCCUGACAUGUUGGCCCCUUUAAAUUCUGAAGAGGAUAAUAUAACCCUACGUAAAAAAAUGGAUUUAUAUAAAAGACCAUGUGAGCCAUUUGUACCCGUACUUAACAAAGAUGGAUCCACAGUUCUUCAGUGGCCAUCAGAAAUGCUGAUUUACACAACUACUCAACCAUCAGUUUCCUAUAGCUGUAAUCCUCUCUGUUUUGACUUCAAGUCCACUAAAUUAAACAACAAUCUAGAUAAAAAUAAGCUGCCCUUAAAUGAUCUUUCUUCUCAUCAGAAGGGAGAAGGCAUUUGCAAGAGACCAGUUUUAGAUUGCAAGGACGCAUCUGUGACAGGACUUACUGAUCAUGAAAUUGGAGGUAGCAGAAAUGGAUAUACCCAAGUCACUCCUCUUUUUGCUGGUGAUACGCUCUCCAAUAGCUGUGAUUCCGGAAAAAAUGAGAGUAUGAGUCAGAGGUAUAAAAAUAUUUCCUGUAGGAUCAGAAAAACAAAAAAAUAUACUUUUACUAAAAAUCAGAUAAAACAGGAUGUUCUUGGUGGCAAAUACAACAAAAUAAGAUUGAAAGAUACUAACGAACUCUGGUUCCAUAAAAGUGGAAGAAAGAAAAAAAGAAGAAAGUUAUGUCACCAUGAUUAUGGAAAGAAAACCAAAGAAUCAGAAACGUAUUUCAAAAUGGAAAGAGAAAAUAGUUACACUGAUAAAACUAGGAAAAAUCUACUGGAAACAAUUUCAGAAAAACAGUAUUUAGCUACAGAGCAAUUAUUAGACUCACAGCAAUUACCUGAUAAAAGGCCCAAAUCAGCAUCCAUAUACUUAAGUGAAAAUGAAGAAUUGUGUAAAACCCAGAACACUGAAUACAAUAAUAAUAAGAAUAUUAUCAGUUCUAAAAACCACUGUAAAAAGAGCUCAGUUGUUUUCAAUGGACAAUCCAAUUCAACAAUGAUACGUUCUGUGAAACAUAAUUUAACAUACUCCAGAACUUACUGUAGUUGGAAAGCCAAAACGUCCAGCUGUAGUCAAGAUCACAGAUGCCUAGUUCUUCAAAAUGAAAUGAAAUGCAUGAGUCAGAACCAGGCAGUUAAAAGAGGUUAUAAUUCUCUCAUUAAUGAAUCAGAAAGAUGCCAUCAAAAACGUAGACAACAUUCAUAUUCUUAUUCUUCAGAUGAAAGUUUAGAUCAACAGAAUUAUCUACCAGAAGAAUUUUUGAGGCCACCCCAUGCUUCUGCUCCUUGUAAACCUAAAAGGAAAUGGAGGAGAAAAAGUAGAUUCCACACCAGUUUUGAAGCUUUGGAACUCAAAGAGAAGACAGAUUAUCCUAGGAAAGGUAAUUCUUUCUUACAUCACCCGGAUGAAAUAAUAAGUGAAGACAGAAAAGAGGAAAUAAAACCACAAGAAACUGCAAAUGUCAAAAGGAACUCAGAACAAAUGGACCAAGUAGAAAAUAAACUGUCUUUGCCCGCUAGCAGUCCCCUUCCUUCUGAAACCAGUGGUGAAACUGAGCAGGUCGUAAUGGAGACCACUUCUGGUGAACUGUCAGAGAUUUCCAAUGAACCCACCACUUCAGUCUACAUAGCUAGUGCCCCAACGAAAGAAGAAAUGGACAGUACCUUGCUUGAACACAAAGAAAGAAGUGAGAAUACAAAUAUUAAUGAGAAGCAAAUUCCUUUCAAGAUGCCUAGUAUUGAAAGGAACUUUAGACAGUCACAACCUAAAUCAUACCUUUGUCAUUAUGAACUGGCUGAGGCCCUUCCACAAGGAAAGUUGAAUGAGGCGUCAACUGAGUGGCUGUGUUUUAAUUCAGGAAUCCUUAACGCACAACCACCAUUACCAUUCAAAGAAGCACAUGUCAGUGGCCAUACCUUUGUAACAACGGAGCAGAUCCUGGCUCCGUUAGCUUUACCAGAACAAGCAUUAUUGAUUCCAAUAGAAAACCAUGACAAGUUCAAAAAUCUACCAUGUGAAGUCUACCAGCACAUCAUUCCGCCAAGCAUGCUGGCCAACAAGGUCAAAUUCACUUUUCCUCCAGCUGCCCUCCCACCCCCUAGCACACCUCUGCAGCCUUUGCCUUUGCAGCAGCCCUUGUGUUCUACCUCUGUAACCGCUAUCCACCAUACUGUUUUGCAGCAGCAUGCAGCAGCUGCUGCAGCCGCAGCAGCAGCUGCCGCUGCAGGAACCUUUAAAGUGCUUCAACCACACCAACAGUUUCUGUCCCAAGUCCCAGCUCUCACCAGAACAUCGUUACCUCAGAUCUCAGUAGGACAAGUAGGACCAAGGCUUUGUCCUGGGAAUCAGCCAACUUUUGUUGCUUCUCCUCAGAUGCCAAUCAUUCCAGCUUCAGUUCUUCAUCCUAGCCAUCUGGCUUUCUCACCUUUACCCCAUGCACUCUUUCCUUCACUGCUGUCCCCCCACCCAUCGGUCAUCCCGCUGCAGCCCCUCUUCUAGUCAUCACUAUGAAAGGGAAAGAAAAUAUUCAUGUGAAAACUAUUGCUCUACAUGUUAAUGCUCAUCUAAGUGGAUAAUUGCCUAUUUAAAUGGUGGAAAUAAACUAGGCAAAAUAUGGCCUCAUUGAUAUGAAAUCAUUUACUGUAGGUGUAAUGAUGCAAAUAAAUUCUUAAGUUUCUGAUAUAUAAUAUUAGUAAGGCACUGAAUAGUUUGAAAAUCAAUAUAAUAUAUGCUGUAUAUUAAAAUGAUGUCUUAAAAGUAUGUAUAAUGUAUAUAAAAUAUAUUUAUAGUACUGUAAUUUAUGUUGUAAAGUAUGCUCUUUGUUUUUUUUUAACCUUUGUGUAUUUGCACCUAUUUAAUGUUUAGACAAAGCUGAUGGCACUAUGUUUUGUACCAUGUUCCUUGAAACUGUAAAUUCAGUGAAAAAAAUCUCUCUUGCAAUAAAUUUUUGUUAAAUAUUUAAGUAAAUCAAACCCUUGUUUUUAGUUGGUUUUCACUAUUUUGAGACUGUAUAGUAACAAUAGAUUUUGAAUUUAUACUGUUUCUUCUGUUUAUUGACAUCUCUGAACCUCAGAGGAUCAGCAAAAUAUCUUUGGCGCUCUGUCAAUACUUAAACUGUAAUACUAUCUUUCAGAAUAAGUUUAAGUCCGUUUGCUUUUCUGUUUGUCAUAAUGUUGCUUAUACUCAAAGUUUACUAUAUUUCAUGAACACUUGGCCCUCUAGAUAAUAAACCAUGGAAAUUCUUGUUAAAGUAAUGUUAGCAUUUGGUGCGGUGGGGGGGGCGAAUAACUACAAAACGUGCAAAGUAUUUAGUGUUGUUCCGGGAACUAUUAAACAGUACUAGUAGGUAAGAAAUAGCAAGUAACCAAUAUAAGUUCUUAUAACAUUUUUGUAUGUCAAAAUUAUCAAAUGUAUUGUGUUUAUUUUCAAUUGUUGCGGAGAAUAUACAUAUAUAAGAAUGUUGGCAUGGAUUAAGGAAUAGGUUUAAUUAAUCACUAACCAUUAUAUAACAUCUUGGGAAGAAUGGCAUAAAUACAAUCUGGAUAUACUCUUAAUUGAGAAUCUGGAAGUGGGAAAGAGAGUGAAUAAAUAACUGUUCCUUCUGCAAAUCUUUCUGGUAGUCAUGUUUCUAUCAUAUUUCCAAAUCACGCAGGAACAAUUAGAAAGUCUCCAUCCAUAUCACCCUUCCAGAUUCUGCUAUAUUUUUAAUGACCACUGCAUUCUUGUUCACUCAAGUGCUGCUUCUAUGUGUACUAAAGAAUAUAAUUAUUUAAUAGAAAACUAGGGAACAUCACACUUCCCACAAGAGUUUCUAAUGUGUACCUGCCUCAGUCCAUGCCACUGGUUAAGACAAAGUCUGCAUGCCUGGUGGAGAGGAUUCAACUCACCAUGUGCAAAUGAUAAUGGAUUAUGGUAGCCUAGCAAUGAAUCCAGGCAAAAGAGAGGCCAACUGAGUCCUUCUAAAGGAAGAGCAACUUUUAAGUGAUGCUGUAUUGAAGAAAUGCUUUUUCAUAAGCUUACUGUAAGAACUGGGUUUCCCUAAAAAUAUUGAGCAUAAGCAUAUAUUCCCAUAGCAGAAUAAUAUAUUGAAUUCUAUUGUAAGUAGAGUAACAGGGGGAAAAUCUAUGUUGUAUACUUUCUUGAUUAUGUGCCAUAAUAAUCAUUGAUUUAAAGGUUUUCCUGAAAAACGGUUGUGAAAGACUGCAUGAUUGACAAAUAAGAAGAAAAAUAAUAAAAGAAGAAAUU